AUGGCUUCAUUCGAUCUGAGAAGAGAACUUCAUUCUAGAGGACCUCCAGUGAAUUUGAAUAAAAGUGUGUCCACAAAGAAACAUACACUACACUUUGAUGGCCGUUUUGUUAGCAAAUCAGACCGCUACCAGUUAGAAUCGUAUGGUCUAUAUACACCUAAUCCUGUACUUGAAGGGUUAAGUAUAUCACAUAAGAAUAAAUUAAUAUGGUCGGCUCGUUUGUCGGAUAGUCUAUGGGCAUGGUUUGUUUAUGGUCGCAAACUUCUAGUAUGGAAUGCAGAAAACAAUAAAGAAAAUAAAACAAAUCCUUGUUUUGAACUUGGAUUACCAGCAAGUGAAGUGGCUCAUCAAGCUGCUCUAGUUUGGGUUUUUGAACCUGAAAUAGGAAAGUCGUCAUCUCAUGCUUGUUGUAUAGCUGUAUCUCCUGAAGGGUUGAUACGUUUUUGGAGAGACGUCUAUGACGAAGUUGAAUAUUUUGAAUACAAUACUGAUUUGAUGGGAAAAGAAUGUGAAUUUCUAUAUCAAGUUGACAGUUCAAGGUACAUUUUGUUGACAACUACUGCUGAUUUGGUCAUGGUAACAAUCAACAUGGAUACUGUUCGCCCUCUAAUAAGUAGUAAAAUAUUGACUGAAUCUACUGGUUGGCUGGGUAAUAUAUCUAUGAACAUAUCAUCUCUUGUUUUUGGUUCAACUGGUCAACAGACUGACCCUAAAACCAUAUGUGGCUGCGUUUUAAAAAGUUCUUCUGAUUAUACUGAACGCAUAUAUAUAGUUACAACUAAUGGUACAACCUUAACUAAGUGGAAUGUUUCAAAACCAAAUAGCGAGAAACAAUUAUUUGAAGUAAACUUGGCAAAUUCUUUACAAGAAAAAUUUUCAAUUUUGAUGUUUAAUAGUGUUAGUACUGGUGAUAUGGAUAUGGAAAUAAUUGACAUGAAACCAACUAAUAAUCGGAGUGAAGAGGUUAUUGUUCUCAUACACACCAAACCAAACCAAGCUUACAAUUAUUAUAUCUUAGCAACCAUACAAAUUCAAGAUAGUAAGUGUCCAAUCACUUCAUUACAUGUUCUUAAUAACGUUGAAAAUUCCUACUUGAAUGAAUCUACACCUCAGCUGCUAAUUACUGAACAACAAGCAUUUAUUUUGUCUAAACAUUAUGUCCUUGUUGUUACAUUUGAACCAUUCCAAACUGAUGUCAUUGGUGUUGAUUGUGAUUUAAAAUUUGGUGGAGGUUCAGUGGUAAACAAUUACGGUAUGUUUUUCACUCAAUCUCAUUGUUUAACUGUAGUCACUAAAAUAACUAACGUAGAAUACGAUUUCAAUGAAUCAAGAAGUGUUCUUCAAUCUCCAGAUUUAAAUCAAUCCGCUGCUAUAACUGCUGAAGUAGAAAGUGGUAGCAAUGAAACUAGAUUGAAAUCCGCUUUUCUACAAUUUGUCAGCCGAAAAAUAGACAAUUGCAGAGCACUAGUGAAGCAAGCAUGUCCAGAAGAAUUGACUUCAACUGAUGAAUCUAACCUAGAUAAAACCGUAUUUAAAGUUGGAGAAGAUCUUGUUAAUGAUAUACCCAUCAAUGAUCCACGUUGGUUAGGUGUUCAUGGUGAACCUACUAUUAGAUCAUCAUCAAUGGUAAUAUUAAGUCAUUUAGAAGAAAAACAGCAAGCAAUUCAUUGGUAUCUUAAAUUUUUACAAGAGCUUGGAUUAUGGAAUCGUAUGAGGCAAAUUAAUAAAUAUGAAACUCAAGUCUAUACUGGAUGUGCUUUAAAAGAUUUAAGUGAAAAAUUACAAGCUACGUUAACAUUUAGAAAAAUUGAAGUUGAACAUAGUGAAUUAUUAGAUUCAUUAAUAAAAGAAGCAGUCGAAAGUAAUUGUGAUAGUUAUUCUUCACCACCAGGCCUUACACACAUUGAUAAGUUUUAUAAACAAGUCAGCAUGUCGCACAUUCUUUUUCAGAGACUAUGUACAUACAGUGAAGAAAUUUCUUCUACGAAUCGUAGUGCUAUAGAUAUUUGUUUAAUUUUAUGCAAUGUCAAUAGAAUAUUAGUGAAAGUACUUGGUGCUGUAUUAGACUACAGAAGACAAAACAUUGAGUUUUUCCCUAUUGACAAACAAAAACAAUCAAAAAUAUCUUGGAUUAUAUGUGAAAAUAAUGAAGGCAUAUGUUCUGAGCUGAUAAAACAAAUAAAUAUUAGCCUUGAAUUUGCCAGAAAGACAAAUAUUACCAAAGAAGUUCGUUCAGAAAUUUCUGAUCAAGUUGCAUUUUUAGUAGAUGCCUUACUAUCCAGUUCUAUUGAUGUAAUUUCUGAAAUGGACAGAAAUUACACACAACUCAGGUAUAAGCUACUUAAGAAACUUAUGGACUUUAAAGAACACCACAAAGUAAUUGAAUUGGCUGAGAAAUAUGCAGACCAUAGAGUCAUAGUAGAGGUUUGUUUUGAAACAAACAAUAUUGAUUUAUUGUAUAAUUUUAUGGACAAACUUAACGAUCAAAAUUUUCGUCAAACCGUGUUUUCUUGGUACUUAGAACAAGGUAAAAUUGUAGAAUUGUUACGUAAUUUUUGUCGCAAACCUAAGUAUGAACAUGACAUAGCAUUAGCAUUGGAAGCCUAUCCAAAUUAUGGUUGGAUAGCUGGAAGUCUUUCUGAAAAUAUUAACCUAACAUGUGAAUCCCUAAAACAGUGCUGGUCUAAGGAGGAAACAAAUGUGCUUCGAAAAAAAUACCAAUUGAAUUUAUACAGAAUGGCGGUUUUGGCAAAAAAUGGGCCAUUAGCUAAGAACCCAGAGUUGGAUCAAAUAGAUAGACAGUUGGAAGUUAUUGAACAUCAGAUAAAUAUUCCUGAGUGUGUCUUAGAAUUAUUGAAUUUAGAUUUGAAUAAUAUGCGUGUGUUAUCUCCUGAAGAAAUUUUCAAUUUAUACUUGCACAAAAACAAUAGCACCUUGGAUGAAAAUCAAUGUUUACGUGCUUUGUCCGUGUUACAAUUUAUUGAAAAUAAAGAAGAAUGUGAAGAUCUCAGUCGCUAUUUGUGGUGUGAAACAAUAUUAAGAGAGACAUUAAAAUAUCCACUUCAUGACCAAGAGAUUGAUAAUCCUAUUGAGUUUAUACAAAAUCUUUUAUUCUUUAAGACCUUAAAACUCAUGUACAACAAAGGCCUAUUAGAUAUCUUACCAUCCUUAGACUGGUUGUUGUUUGCUGAUGAAUUAGAAAACUUCCAUUCAAAUACUAUGUGGCAGUUUGUUAUGAAAAUGGGAUUUGAGCAUUGCUUAAGACCUGCUAGUGUUAGCAUGGAUUUUGAAACUUCACUUGUUCAGUAA